GCCGGCCGGCACUCGACGUACCGUGGCGUGCGGAUGCGGGCGUGGGGCAAGUGGGUGUCCGAGAUCAGGGAGCCGCGCAAGAAGUCGCGCAUCUGGCUGGGCACCUUCCCUACGCCGGAGAUGGCGGCGCGCGCACACGACGCCGCCGCGCUCGUCGUGAAGGGCCCGGCCGCAGUCCUCAACUUCCCGGAGCUGGCCGCGUCGCUGCCGCGCCCAGCCUCUGCCGCACCCUACGACGUGCAGGCCGCGGCCGCGCGCGCCGCUGCCAUGGACACGGGUACGGCGCCAAUGCCGGCAGCGUCGACCUCGCCCGCGCGGCAUCCUCCCGGUCAGAUGUUCGGCCAGGCCGUCGACGACGAGCUGGAGGAGAUCAUCGAGCUGCCGUCCAUCGACGAGGAUAUCGCGGCGGAUCAGGUCGUGUUUGGGGCCACGUUCCCUGAUCCCGGCGCCGAGCAGUGGUACGAGCCAGCGUGGCUGGAGCACGUCAGCGGCAUUGGCUCACACGACGAGCUGGCCGUGUCCGGACUCGGGCUCGACCCGUAUCAGUUCUUGGGGCAGCAGGAUGGCAUCGUCGCCUCCGGGUGCGGCGCGCUCUUGUGGAACCUGUAG